AAAAAACAUAAAAGUAAGAUUAAUAUUUAGUUCUCACAGGUUACUCAAGGCCUGUAACUCUCUUCUCCAUUGAACCCUAGCUAAUUAAAAACAAAAUCAACCAAAGCUAUUUUCAUGUACCUGUAACUGCCCUCGCCUCUCAUUCUCUUGAUGGAAUCUCGGCGAGCAGCUCGCACCGUCAGCGACCCCAAGGUCCGCCAAGUCGGUUUCUUCGCUCCCGGGGCUGCAUCACCCGACCGCACCCAGUCGGGUCCACCCGAACACCAUAUCUCCUCUUCGCCUCCAACAAUCACUGACCUCUCUCCUUCCGGCGGCAAUUCCCUCUCUCCAGUCAUGAUUCCUCCGCCGCGUCACGCAUCCGCCCCGCUGUCUCCUCUCCGUCGAGAUUCUCUCCCUGUUGGAAGCUAUAAUGCCUCGGAGUUUGUGCCAGCUACAUCUCCUACUGCUACGGCGUCGUUCUCGGAUGAUACGGCUUGGGCGGGAAGGGGAGGAAGGGCUGCAUCUAGUAGUUUUCCUGGAAGAGGAUUUGAUAUGCCGGCGGCGAGUAGUAUUCCAGCGAGUGGCUUGACUACUGUGUCUGUGGUCAAUUUACCUCCUGGUAUAUCUGAAAAGUCUGGAGUAUCAGCUGAAGUUCAAAAUGAACUACCUACAAAUUCAAAGUCAUUGAAAGAGAAAACUACUAAAGCUGAAAGGCGUGCCCUUCAAGAAGCUCAACGAGCUGCAAAAGCAGCUACAAAAGCUGAAGGUGGCAAGACACCUCUUCCUGCAUCUGGGGCUGCCUCUUCAGCAAAUGUAAAAUCAGCUAAAGCUGCAAAGCCUCCUUCUCAAAAGAAUGAUAAUGCUACAGUUGUGGCUUCUGAGAAGAAGGGAGGUGAUCGCCCUCCAGAAAAAGAUAGAAAGAAAGAUGUUCCUCAACCACGCAUGCAAUAUGAUGACAAGAGUCGAGUGGACAAGGCGAAAAAGCGUGCAGUGGUAAAGCAAACAGAAGCUAGGAGCAGAGUUGAGUUGUUCAGGCAUCUACCUCAAUAUGAGCGUGGAACUCAGCUCCCUGAUCUUGAGUCAAAGUUCUUCCAACUUGAUCCAAUGCAUCCAGCUGUCUACAAGGUUGGUUUGCAGUAUUUAUCAGGAGAUAUAUGUGGUGGCAAUGCUCGCUGCAUUGCAAUGCUUCUAGCAUUCCAAGAGGUCAUUAAAGAUUACUCAAUACCACUUGAAAAGACUCUUGUUAGAGAUUUGACAGCAAAAAUUGGAAGUUAUGUUUCUUUCCUCAUAGAGUGUCGACCCCUUUCAAUCAGCAUGGGAAAUGCAAUUAGGUUUCUAAAGAAUAGAAUUGCCAAAUUACCCCUGACUUUGUCGGAGUCAGAAGCAAAGGCCGCUCUUAUUUCAGAUAUUGAUCGUUUCAUAAAUGAGAAGAUCAUACUUGCAGAUAGGGUAAUAGUUAAGCAUGCAGUUACUAAGAUCAGAGAUGGUGAUGUUCUUCUUACAUAUGGGUCAUCCUCUGCAGUUGAAAUGAUACUACUGCAUGCCCAUGAACUUGGCAAACAGUUCCGUGUUGUGAUAGUGGACUCUCGUCCAAAACUUGAAGGGCAACUGUUACUUCGUAGAUUGGUGGGGAAGGGUGUCAGUUGUACAUACACUCAUAUUAAUGCUGUUUCUUAUAUGAUGCAUGAAGUUACUCGAGUGUUUUUGGGUGCAUCAUCUGUGCUGUCCAAUGGAACAGUUUACUCAAGGGUUGGGACUGCGUCUGUUGCUAUGGUCGCCCAUGCAUUCGGUGUACCAGUCUUAGUUUGUUGUGAAGCAUACAAGUUUCAUGAGAGGGUGCAGCUUGAUUCUAUAUGCUUUAAUGAGCUAGGUGAUCCAGAUGCCAUUUCAAAAGUUCGUGGCAGAGAGGAAAUCAACUUCUUGGAUGGCUGUGCCAACAGAGAAAAUCUGCAGCUUCUGAAUCUCAUUUACGAUGCAACACCUUCAGAAUACGUUUCCAUGAUAGUCACAGAUUAUGGCAUGGUUCCGCCCACAAGUGUGCCUGUUAUUGUGCGAGAGUAUCGGAGGGAACAUUUGUGGAUAUAGAUGUUCAGCCUGAAGAUGAUGGAUGAUGGGUGUUGCCCCAGAAUUUUUGUUUGUGCUAAUGUCGGUCUUCCCUAACUAUUACAAGGGCAGACACAAGAUCAGAUGAUUUUUUUUUUUUUUUUCUUUUUAUCAUCCUUGGCGGUGGAAUGAUUUUGAUUUCUUUUCCCUGACUCAGUGAAGGGUGCAUUAGUCGCCUAUCCGGGCAGAUUUAGUCAUGCAUACUUUUCUAGUUGUAUCAAUUUUUUUCCCAUUUGAGCAUUGCAGGCAAUGACUUCUAAUCUGAAAGUUGACAGUUUUGCUCCGACAGCUCACAUUUUCAGUUGUUUAUGUCAAUUCUGCCUAGAUAAUUUGAUUCUUUUGAAAGCUUUAUGUUGAAUGUAUGUUUGCAAUCUCAAUUACUUCUUGAACAAA